CCGUUCGGCGCGGCGCUCGGGCGGGGGAGCCGGGGGCGGGCGGCAGCGGAGCCAUGGGGCACCCGCCGCUGGAGUUCAGUGACUGCUACCUGGACAGCCCCGAUUUCCGCGAGCGCCUCAAGUGCUACGAGCAGGAGCUGGAGCGCACCAACAAAUUCAUCAAGGAGGUGAUCAAGGACGGCAACGCGCUCAUCGCCGCCAUCCGCGGUUACUCAUCGGCCGUACAGAAAUUCUCUCAGACUCUGCAGUCCUUUCAGUUCGACUUUAUUGGUGACACGCUAACAGAUGAUGAGAUUAAUAUUGCUGAGUCCUUUAAGGAGUUCGCAGAGCUGCUCCAAGAGGUAGAGCUGGAGAGGUCCAUGAUGGUACAGAACGCUAGUGAUUUGCUGAUCAAACCUCUGGAGAACUUUCGGAAGGAGCAAAUAGGGUUCACCAAGGAAAGAAAGAAGAAGUUUGAGAAGGAUGGCGAGAAGUUUUAUUCUAUGCUGGAUCGCCACUUGCAUUUGUCUUCCAAAAAGAAGGAAUCCCAGUUACAGGAGGCUGACCUUCAGGUUGACAAAGAGAGACACAACUUCUUCGAGUCCUCCCUCGAGUAUGUGUACCAGAUCCAGGAGGUGCAAGAAAGCAAGAAAUUCAGUAUUGUGGAACCGGUGCUGGCUUUUCUCCAUAGCCUCUUUACAUACAACAACCUGACGGUUGAGCUCACACAGGAUUUCCUCCCUUAUAAGCAGCAGCUCCAGCUCAGCCUGCAGAAUACAAGGAAUCAUUUUUCCAGCACCCGGGAGGAGCUGGAAGACCUGAAGAAGAGGAUGAAGGAAGCCCCCCUGACCUGCAAGCUCCCUGGGCAGCCGACCAUUGAGGGCUACCUGUACACCCAGGAGAAAUGGGCGCUGGGCAUCUCCUGGGUGAAAUACUACUGCCAGUAUGAAAAAGAGGCAAAAACCUUACGGAUGACGCCCAUGGACCAGAAGCCUGGAGCUAAGCAAGGCACCUUAGACUUGACGCUGAAAUCCUGUGUGAGGAGAAAGACGGACUCCAUAGACAAAAGGUUUUGUUUUGACAUUGAAACUAAUGAAAGAUCUGGGACCAUCACGCUGCAAGCGCUCUCCGAAGCCAACCGAAGGCUGUGGAUGGAAGCCAUGGACGGGAAGGAGCCGAUCUACCACAGUCCCAUCACAAAACAGGAAGAAAUGGAGCUGAACGAGGUCGGCUUCAAGUUUGUGCGGAAAUGCAUCAACGCAGUGGAAACGAAAGGGAUCACGACGGAGGGCGUCUACCGUACUGUUGGCAGCAAUAUUCAGGUGCAGAAGUUGCUGAAUGCCUUUUUUGAUCCAAAAUGUCCAGGGGAUGUGGAUCUCCAAAGCAGCGACUGGGACAUCAAGACGAUCACCAGCUCACUGAAGUUUUAUCUCAGAAACCUCUCUGAGCCCGUCAUGACGUACAAGCUGCACAAAGAGCUGGUCCUGGCUGCCAAAUCUGAGAACCUGGAUUACAGGCUGGGAGCCAUUCACACACUGGUCUAUAAACUGCCUGACAAGAACAGAGAGAUGUUAGAGCUCCUCAUACAACACCUCGUCAACGUAUGUGAGCACAGCCGAGAGAACCUAAUGUCCCCGUCGAACAUGGGGGUGAUCUUUGGCCCCACUCUCAUGCGGGCACAGGAGGACACCGUGGCAGCGAUGAUGAACAUCAAGUUCCAGAACAUAGUUGUCGAGAUCCUCAUCGAGCACUUUGGGAAGAUCUACUCUGGGCCCCCAGAAGACACCACCGCUCCACCAGUGCCACCUCCCAGGGUGGCUGCCCGGCGCCACAAACCCAUCACCAUUUCCAAACGUCCUCUGAGGGAAAGACCUGUCUUCUUCGGUGCUUCUGUGGAAGAAAGUGGAGACCGGCAUGGCCAGACACCCAACGGCAGUGGCAGCAUCGGCACGGAGGUCCCCAAGCCUCUGCACCGCAGCCGUAUGCCCGCACCCCGACCAGGGGACGAGCCAGGGCGUCCCCCCACUGACAGCCGGCCCGACGCGCGCACCGAGGCAGAGGUGGGGAAGCUGGUGUCCAGGCUGCAGGACGGAGGAGUGAAGCCGGCCAACAAGGCUGCCAAUGGGAUGGUGGCCAGCCCUGCCCUGAGGAACUCCACGCUCCAGGCCAGGAGACCGGCUCCCCGGCUGGGGAUCUACAGCAGAGAGGGUGAAUACGAUGGCAUCCCUAAGCCACGAUCCCAUGGAGAUAAGCCCGUGAUAACGCGUCCCCCUGUAAGACCUCCAGACCCACCGUGCAGGACUCCUGUCCUUCCGAGGCUGGAGCAGAGGCUGGACCUGAUAGCGGGAACAGCGGAAGAGAUGCCUUCAUCUGUGGUGGCCUCUAGGACAAAGUUCUUUGAGACAGCUUCCCGAAGAACAAGCAGUUCUUCCUCGCCACAAGGCAGGGGCCCCGGGGAUGAGAGCUGAGGCUAAAGGCUUUGUAAGGUCCUUAGCCCAGUGAGACCCAGGAGAUUUUCUGUACCUGUGAGACGGACAUGUCACAGUGAAGACUUUCCCAGAUCCAGUGCUCCUGGAGAGCAGCUAUCUUUCCAGACGAUGAUUUCAGAGCAUGCUGACAUAAGUGGCUCAAGAAAUUAGAAGAGAGGGAGAUAAAGAUGGAGAAAAGACCUUACCCACACAUUUGUUUUGAACUGUGCCCCAUCCUUCAUCUCUCCUCUCCGCGCAGGCUGUGGAGGACGCUCCCACAUGCCCUUGCAGGCGACUGGCAGUGUUCCAGGGCUGGGCGAGCACCGACUGGCUGCAGAAGGGACAAUGGAGAUCUGGAGUGGUCAUUUACCCACUUGCCUACUGGGAAAUGCACCUUGGCAAAGGUGACCUUGGACAAACAUUGGAGCUGAACACAAGGGGCUGACUCCCCGUGCUCAGGUGCAGGGGUGGAGUGACUGGAGUUUGAGUUGGUUCCCCCUUGCCAUAGGUGGAUCCUUCCUUUAUAUUUCCCUCGCUCGGUAAGCUACAGUGUGUGUGUGUAGGAGAGCAGUGUCUGUUACUGGAAGCGCUGCUUGUGCUAAGGCAGGCAGGGCAGGAACUGGAGGGACCAUUGUGCUUCUCUCUGCAGGACAUCUUUCCAUCUCCUCCCAGGUAUCAGCUGCCUCUGUCCUGGGAGACCAUGCUGGGAGAGGCCGCUAUGCCUGAGCAUGAGCAGGGCUGCAUUCCCUGCCUGCGGGGCAGCUUUCUGGGCAGCGUCCAUUGGGUCAGUGGCCUCCAAGAGCGCUGCUGGGAGAAGGAGGCAGCGGGCAGUCCUCCUUCUCCUCCACCAUGUGAGCCGCUCUCUCACCAAAUCCACUUCCGCUGGGCCCACCAAAAAGCCUCUGUCCCUGGGGUUAUUCUGGUGGGCCGGCACAGAGAUGGUGAGGAUCUGAAACUCACUGGAUAAGGGUCAGAGCCUACUGGUUUUCUAAGGCGCACCUAGUUUCUUGUUAGCUUGUUACAGUAAUGUCCAAUCCAAGAGAUGUCUGGUCUCUUUUCCUCAGCAGUGACUGCGUAGAUGAUGCCCUUUGGUCUGGAAGGGUUUCUCCUAGGCAGGACUACCCCUAUUAAUCGCAGAGGCUUAUUCGUGGUUCCAGCUGACCCCAGGCCUCAGGUCCUGAUCUGUAGCAUUUACCUGUAAAUAGACAAUGAGCAGCUUCCCUGCUUCUCCUCACCGGCUCAAAGGCAGCUUCCCUGUUGUGAAUUAUUUUCCUUGGGUGCUGGGAGCAUUCCUAAACCAGGGGCCAAACAUCCCUGUUAGCUGCUUCGUGGGUGCUCCAUCCUCUCGAUCAUGCUUUGUGCCCUGCCUGGCAUGCGUUUGCCAGCGGGAUGCCCUGUGCAUGCGCUUAGCGCCUGGCUGCUCUACUGCUGAAUGUAAUCCUGGUGUUCACUGGAUGCACACGUGUUGUGCCAAUGGUGCUCCUGCUCCCCCGGGCGCUGUCGGUGUCCCCGCUGCUCCCUCCUGUGCUCCCGCAUCCAGCAGUGGCACAUCAAAGUGGCUUUAAAAACACAGUGAUAGCUGUGCCCAGGCUGUAUCGCACACCCCGGCAUCUCAGGGCUGUUGGAAGCUAAGGCGAGCCCUUCCCACUGCACCCUCCUGGGAGCAGCUGGGUGCUCUGUGCAGCGCCAAAGCCAAGCACACGGUGUUUUUCUGACCAGGUAUCUAAGGGACCAGGUGAGACAGAGCUGUGAGCCAGUGAGUCGGGGUGGGAGAGGGCUGCUCUGAGUAUCCCGGCUGGCUGGGAGAGCCUGGCAGUGGAGCUGGCUGCCUGCAGUGCCUGGUGUGGACCCUGCGGGGCAGAUCUGGGGUCCGUGGGACAAAAGGAGUCGAAGGGAGUUUAAGUUUUCAAGACUGGCAUUGCAAUCAUUGGAGGGAAGCAGCUUAUUAGAAGUGUAUCUCAUUGUGUCCUUUUAUCACGUCUGUCCGUGCGUGUUUUCCCUCCUCCAUGUGCGCAGUGGAGGCUGGGGCCGGCGCUGGGGCCGUAGUCCCUGCUGCCAGCACCACAGGAGUGACACUGCCGGGAACAUAGGUUUGACCCAUGGCCAGGGCCCCGGGCGUCAGCCGU